AUGUAUAUGCAUAGACUCACAGGUUCCAGUAGAGACGUCCAGUUCCACAGUGUGUCCGUGACCCCCAUGCCUGUCCGGAUCCCGGGGGACAUCCGUCUCUCCGUGGACGCCAGUCUGACUAAGGCGAUAGGAAGCUCCAGAAUGUCCCUCUCUAUCAAAAGGAAAUCCUACUUUGGGGUAGAAGUUCCUAUGCCCUGCCUUUUCAAUAUCGGAUCAUGUACAUACGAUGACCUCUGUACGAUGGUGCAGAAAAUGAUCACCGAGAACUGGGUGGGGAUAGUGGGGGGUAUUGGUACACAGAUCCAGACCAUGCUGACCAGUGUGGGGGUCAAUGCUAGCCAGUGUCCCCAGCCCCCCAGGAAUAUCCGUAUCACAGACUAUCCCAUCAGCAUUCCCAGAAUUCCUGCUAUUCUCACCUUGUUUGCAGCGUUUAAUGCUAGAGAAGGUUCCAGUAGAGAUGUCCAGUUCCACAGUGUGUCAGUGACCCCUAUGCCUGUCCGGAUCCCGGGGGAUAUCCGCCUCUCCGUGGACGCCAGUCUGACUAAGGCGAUAGGAAGCUCCAGAAUGUCCCUCUCUAUCAAAAAGAAAUCCUACUUUGGGGUAGAAGUUCCUAUGCCCUGCCUUUUCAAUAUCGGAUCUUGUACAUACGAUGACCUCUGUACGAUGGUGCAGAAAAUGAUCACGGAGAACUGGGUGGGGAUAGUGGGGGGUAUUGGUACACAGAUCCAGACCAUGCUGAGCAGUGUGGGGGUCAAUGCUAGCCAGUGCCCCCAGCCCCCCAGGAAUAUCCGUAUCACCGACUAUCCAAUAAGCAUUCCCAGAAUUCCUGCUAUCCUAACCUGGUUUGCAGCGGGUGACUACCGUGUGAUCGUUAAGGUGAAUGAGAACGCCACGGGGAGACAACUGGUGUGUCUGAACCUCCAGCUCUCCGUCACCCAACACAGAGAACCCAGCACUUCCGGCUGGUUGUUUGGUGGCCGAUAACAACGAGCUUAAUAUAUUGAUAUUGUUUCACAUUAC